AAGCUGCGUGUGUUAUAUUUCAGGUUGUUGAACCGCACCCCGAUCCGGAAUGGACUUUGUUGUGGUACCUUCGAAGGAAGCUUCAGCUGACAGGAACCAAGUAUGGCUGCGGAGAAGGAGGCUGCGGCGCUUGCACUGUCAUGGUGUCCCAGUACUCGAGGCAUGAAGAACGAGUCAAGCAUAUUUCAGUAAAUUCGUGUUUAAUGCCAGUGUGCGCGAUGCAUGGCUUGGCGGUCACCACAGUGGAAGGUAUCGGUUCCACCCAGGAUCGAUUACAUCCGGUACAAGAACGCAUAGCGAAAGCCCACGGGUCGCAGUGUGGCUUCUGUACUCCCGGUAUCGUCAUGUCCAUGUACACAUUACUUCGGAACAAAAACACCAUCGAUUACGCAGACAUAGACACAGCUCUCCAGGGAAAUCUCUGCAGAUGCACCGGCUACAGACCUAUAAUAGAAGGCUUUAAAACAUUCAUGGAAGGCUGGGAAAAACAUUACGUUAAUGCUGAUACAAAUGCAUGCAUGAUGGGGAAAGAUUGCUGUCGAAAUAAAGACACAGUGAAUAGUGAAAACCCACCACUGUUUGAGAAGUCAUCGUUCCAACCGUACGACCCAACGCAAGAGCCAAUAUUCCCUCCAGAGCUAAAACUAAAUCAUCACUACAGCGAAAGUUGCACAUUUUAUAAGACUGAUAAAGUUAUAUGGGUUAGACCGAUCAAUCUUGAAGAUGCGCUUCUUAUAAAGAAAAAUAUCCCGGAUAGCAAGAUUGUUGUAGGAAACACGGAAAUAGGGGUCGAAGUUAAAUUUAAAAAGAAAAUAUAUCCAGUAUUAAUCUAUCCAACGUUGAUAAAAGAAAUGAGUGGAUGUAGCGUAACAAAUGAGGGUAUUGUAAUUGGUGCCACAACUACCUUGACUGAACUAAAUUGUUUUCUGCAACAACAAAUGAUUAAAGAUAGCAGUAAAGGGAAAGUAUUUGCAGCAAUACAAGAAAUGCUUCAUUGGUUUGCAGGUAACCAAGUUCGGAAUGUAGCAACGCUUGUAGGAAAUAUCGUUACUGCUAGCCCUAUCUCUGAUUUAAAUCCUAUAUUGAUGUCCUGUUCCGCGGUAGUAAACGUGUGUAGCGCCGAUAGGGGAAAGAGACAAAUAGUAAUUAAUGAAUACUUUUUCCAUGGAUACAGAAAAACAACUAUCAAGGAUGACGAACUAGUAAUUUCUAUUGAAAUUCCGUUUACGGAGAAAACGCAGAUAGUCAAAGCUUAUAAACAAGCUAGAAGAAGAGAUGACGAUAUCUCUAUAGUCACAGCCGCGUUUAAUGUUGUAUUCGAAGAAGAUAAAAAUAUAGUACAAGAAGCCAAGCUAUGUUUUGGUGGCAUGGGACUUGUAACAAUUUGUGCAAAAAAAACGUCUUAUCUACUUUACGGUUUGCACUGGGAUGAAAAUAUGUUAAAUAUAUGUUUACAAUCCUUGACGGAAGAACUGCAAUUAGAUUUUUCAGUGCCAGGAGGUAUGGCUGAUUAUAGAAAAUCACUGUGUCUAAGUCUGUUUUACAGGUUUUAUCUGUAUGUUUUGCAGACAAGAAAUGAUGAAGUCCCGAACGAUAUAAAAAGUGGGGCCGAGGAAAUACCUCUGAUGUAUCCAUCUAGUUCUCAGUUCUUUGAGAUUAAAAAUGAUAAUAGAAAGAAAUAUGAUGCGGUAGGUAAACCGGUCGUACAUGCAUCAGCGUUGAAACAAGCAACGGGUGAAGCAAUAUAUUGCGAUGACAUCCCCCAGGUCGCCGGCGAAUUGUUCCUAACAUUGGUUUUCAGUACUGAAUCACAUGCAAUAAUUAAGUCUAUUGAUGCUAGUAAAGCUUUAGCAUUACCUGGUGUUGUCGCUUUUCUGUCGGCUGUUGAUUUGGCUGAAGAAAAUAAUAAAAUGGGUCCUAUUUUCAAAGAUGAAGAAAUAUUUGCAAGAACUAAAGUAACAAGCCGAGCGUGUGUUAUAGGAGCCAUAGUAGCAAUGAGUGAAAGUGUUGCUCGUAAAGCAAAAGAUUUGGUUUCUGUUGUUUAUGAAAAACUGAAACCAGUAAUAAUUACGUUGGAGGAUGCCAUAAAUCAUAAAUCAUUUUUUGAUGGUUCUCCUCGAACAUUUCGGAAAGGCAACAUAGACGAUGCAUUUAAAAAAUCUUCUUACACUAGAGAAGGGUACGUAAGGAGUGGAGCUCAAGAGCAUUUUUAUCUCGAAACGAUAUCUGCUUUCGCCGUGAGAAAAGAAGAUGAACUUGAGAUCGUUUCUACAUCACAAAAUCCUGCCGAUGUAGCGCACAUAGCAUCAGAAACUCUUGGCAUUCCAAACCAUAAAGUAGUAGCUAAAGUCAAAAGAAUAGGAGGCGGAUUUGGCGGGAAAGAGACUCGCGCAGCCUUGUUAGCCAUUCCUGUUGCCGUAGCAGCUUACAAAUUGAAGAAGCCAGUCAGAGCUGUUUUUGAUAGAGAUGAAGACAUGCAAGUGACAGGAUAUAGACAUCCUUGUUUGAUCAAAUACAAAGUUGCUUUUAAUGACGACGGAAAGAUAUCAGGUGCUGUUUACGACGUCUAUAGUAACGCUGGAAAUUACAUGGAUAUAUCUUGCUCGAUGAUGGAAAGAGCGAUGACACAUGUCGAUAAUUGUUACUUCAUUCCCAACAUUGAGGUAAAUGGCUAUGUUUGUAAGACAAAUAUGCCAUCGAACACGGCUUUUAGAGGUUUCGGUGCUCCAAAAUCUAUGUUAGCAGCAGAAACUAUGAUCAGAGAUGUAGCUGCAGCUUUAAACAAGAGUUAUGAAGAAAUAGUCAAUGCAAAUCUCUACAGAGAGGGCCUUUUGACGCAUUAUAAUCAAACGCUUACGUAUUGUACUUUAUCUAGAUGUUGGGAUGAAUGUGUUGAAACGUCUAACUAUAGGGAAAGAAAGAAAUCAGUCGAUGAAUUUAACAGAUCAAAUAGAUGGAAGAAGAAGGGCAUUGCAUUAGUGCCCACUAAGUAUGGGAUAUCUUUUCAAGUCGACGUACUUAUGCAAGCAGGAGCUCUGUUGCUGAUAUACAAAGACGGAUCGGUCCUGUUAUCUAUUGGAGGAAUAGAAAUGGGUCAAGGCUUAUACACGAAGAUGAUUCAAGUCGCUUCCAGAGCUUUGGAAAUUGAUAUUUCUAAAAUACAUAUCAGUGAAAUGGCCACUGAUAAAGUUCCAAAUAGUUCGCCUACAGCUGGCAGUAUAAGUUCUGAUCUGAAUGGAAUGGCCGUUAUAAACGCGUGCAACAUCCUCAAAGAAAGGCUGGAGCCAUACAAAGCUAAGAAUCCAGAUGGCAAAUGGGAAGACUGGGUAUCAGCGGCAUACGUGGACAGAACGAAUCUUUCAGCAACAGGAUAUUACGCUGCUCCAAAGAUUGAAUUCAAUCGUGAUACAAACUUAGGCAAUUUGUAUGAAUAUUUCACUUACGGUGUGGCGUGCUCAGAAGUUAUUAUUGACUGCCUGACUGGUGAUCACCAGGUUCUAAGAACAGAUAUAGUUAUGGAUGUGGGCGAGAGUUUAAACCCUGCAAUAGACAUUGGUCAAAUCGAAGGUGCAUUCACACAAGGAUAUGGUUUCUACACGAUGGAAGAGAUGGUGUUUUCGCCAAACGGCGAAGUACUAUCUCGGGGGCCCGGUGCUUACAAAAUUCCUGGGUUUUCGGAUAUACCUAAGGUGUUCAACGUUUCUCUUUUGAAAGGUGCUCCUAAUCCAAGAGCUGUAUACUCGUCGAAGGCAAUAGGCGAACCUCCAUUGUUCCUAGCCGCGUCAGUAUAUUUUGCCAUCAAAGAAGCCAUCAAAUCGGCUCGCGUAGACGCUGGUAUGUCUCCAGAGUUUGUUUUGGAUGCUCCAGCUACUUGCGCUCGCAUCAGAAUGGCUUGCGAGGAUCAUAUCACGUCACAGGUGAAACCAACGAUCAAGCCCGGAGGGCAGCCGUGGAAUGUUGUUAUUUAAACUUUUUUAAUAAUUAUUCCAAACAUAAUUUACAAUUUUCUUUUAAUGUUACGUUUAUCUAUAUCACAAGAAAAAAUAAACUUUAUAUCGUUCUGUUUAA